AUGCCUGAGAUCCAUUCUCUCAUUGUUGCCAUCUUCAAUCAAUUGGCGGAAAUAGCUGCUCCCCGAGGCACAGCAUGUCUUAACCGUGAAAGAAGCAAUGGCGAUAGGGAAGUUGACAUACCGCACGAUAGUUCGCAAGCGCGCCCAGAGUCCGAAGUAGAGCAUGGUGAUAACGACCUGCCCCUCAAGCCGUUCAAUUGUUCAGCCCCACGAUGCGACAAAUCAUUCGCAAGGUCACAAGAACUCAAGCGACAUUUCAAGAAGCUUCACUAUCCUGUCAACAUGACCUGUCCCACCUGUCACGAACCCUUCACCAAUGCAGACCAGCUCUUGUCCCAUAAAUGCACAGGCAAUUCGACGACCAGCCAGCAGCUCGAGAUACAGAAGCAACGACAGACGGUAGAAGCCGACGUUGACAGACAGCUGUGCUUGAAAAGACGAAGCAAACAAAUAGUCCGUCCAUACUCCAGAAGAUCCAAACUGGCUCGUCGAGAUAGCUUUUCUCGAGAGUCGCUGUCGUCUACCCACGCAGAGCGCUCCUCGGUUCUUUGUCCACCUCAACGGACCGCCAACAAACAGCAGACGGACAACGAACAGCCGAUGGUUAACGAACAGUCGAUGACCAUUGCCUUUCCAAGAGACAACAACCCAAAUCCACAAUUACAAUGGCUUGAUGGAAGUGUUAUGGUCAUGGAUUCUAGGCCAGACUUUUCGACUGCUACUUCCCACAUGAGUAACAAUGCUAAUACAUCUAUUCUGAAUGCUAAUGGUCCCAUGCAUGGAACGGGCUAUUCAUCACUUUGGGCUCGCUAUUACCGUGAUGGACAACUCGGCCAAAGGGGGGUUCAGGAUUGGGAUACGAAUAUUGGAGCCAGCUAUGGAUAA